CCAGUUUCAUUUCAACGCUCCGUCCCUGUCCUGUCUGAUCUCUGAUCUCGAUGCCCCCCAUUGCGCGAGCCCUUGCACGUUUUUGUCCUUGCACCCAGGAUGAAAGCCCACCCCCCACUCACCCCUGUCCCGGCCGCACGGCAUCCCCGAGGUCCUGGCCCAGCGCCGGGAUCAAGGGAAUGAGAAGCAAGCUGAUCAGAGGGUGCAGAGUCUGUCCCGGAGUCUCGGCAUGUGCCCUUCCACAGUGGUGAGACAUGGCAGAGUUAGCGCGUCAUCAGAUAUCGGCGUCAUGCCUUCCAUCCCCACACCCAAGAUCUCGAGC